AUGAUAAAUCGAAACAAAUAUAGAGAAUUAAAGAGGUGUAUUCUUAAUGAAAAGUAUCCAAUUAUUUUACAUGGUCCAUCAAAAACAGGUAAAACAACGAAUAUAGUUCAAAUUCUCAACAAUAAUCAAGUAUCAUUCCAGUUUAUUGAUUUACAAUCAAUAAGAUUUCUUAAUGCACCACUUAAAAAGGUUAUAAAUGUAGUUAUGCUCAAUGAUUUAUAUGAGUUUAAUAAAAUUAAAUAUGAUAAAAAUCUUAUCAUAGAAAGUAAUAUUGAACAUUUUGAAAAGAGAGAACCAUACAAUAUAAUUAAAGUAAACCGGGAUAAAAAUGAUGAAGAUGAAAUAUUAAAAAUUAACCUGUUUAGAUUUCUAGGGAGAAUUUUUUAUAACAAAUUAAAUAUUAUUGAUAUUAUUGACGUUUCAAAAGAUGAGAUUUUAAUAAACAAUGUUAAAAAUGAUGACAAUUUAAAUUAUACUCUUCAAUCAUCUGAUAAAAUAAAAAUGAUUGAAAUAGAUGUAAAUAUGUCUAGAAAGAUCUAUGAUGAUUUUAGUGAUGAAAGUUCUUUUCAGUUAAGUUCAGAUUUUGAUAGUCAAGAAGUGAUUAUAAAAGAAGAGUUUGAAAAAGAGUAUUUAAAAACUUCAUAUAAAUUUAAUACUACUUUGUGGUUUCUAUACAGUAAUAUUCCAUGUUUUGUAGAGAUGAAAGAUUUAGGAAGUAUAACUGAUUUAUUAAGUUUGACAGAUUUAAAUAAUGAUUAUUUACUUCCUUUAAUUGGUAAUAUAAUGAUGAAAUCAAAUAAAAAAUUAUACGGAUUUAAAGGAUUUAAAGGUCCUGAUAAAAGACUUUUUAAAUGA